CGCACGCCCGUUGUCGUCAUUACAGAUUGAUCGAACUGAACCAUUGGACUUUGGAUGGUGAGAUUAACAGAACACAGGGGACAGAAAACCGGAUUAAGUAGAGCGUUCGCGAAGCACGCAGGGAAAAAAGCCCAGUGAAGCCAAAGACAGUCCGCCUCAUUUACCUGCUUGGCUCGAGUGCCACCGGAAGCCCGUCUUGAUGAUUUUGCGACUAUACGCCACACUCAUUUUCUGCUGGGAUGUACUCAUCAUCCUGGUGCAGUUUUUCCUCACACUCCUGAAGUCCCUGUUUCACUUGGUGCGACCCCCGAAAGCGAAGAGUCUCACCGGAGAGGUCGCAGCCGUGGUUGGCAGUGGUCGUGGUGUAGGUUACGAUCUGGCCAUUCAGCUAGCAGCACUGGGUGUCAAGGUGGCAUGCAUCGACAUUAAUACAACGGACAACGAUCUGUUGGUGAAAAAGAUUCAAUCCAACGGCGGUGUGGCCUGUUCCUAUGAAUGUGAUGUUACUAACAAGGCGGACAUUAGUAAAACGGUUGGUGCCAUCGAGAGCAACUUCGGAACCAUCAGUUUGCUGUUUCACUGCUGCAAUGUGCCAAGCGCUAGGAGUCUCGUUACGGAACCACCACCGAUCGAGACCACACUGAACGUUGGUGUUGUUUCCCAUUUUUUGCUUCUAGAAGCAAUCCUACCGAAGAUGAAAAAAGCUUCCCACGGGCAUGUCGUGUUUCUCACCUCAGUGGCGGGAGUCAGUGGGCUGAAGCACCAGAUGCCACUGGCCGUUUCUCAGUUCGCCGUACAUGGGCUGUAUGAAUCAACGCUGGAAGAGCUGCGCAUCGAAAAGCGCCAGCACACAAUCCACACCACACUGGUGCACAUCUAUCCAUUCAUCAUCACCGACCACUGCCUCAACGAUAUCCGGUUGCGUAUCUCGUCCGCGUUCGGGCGCAUCAAGUCGGACGAGGCGGCCCGUCGCAUCAUUGCCGGCGUACGGCGGAACGAGCUCGAGAUAAGCAUUCCAAGAUAUCUGCUCCUUCUAAGUCACCUCCUACGACUGCUGCCCCGCAAGGCAACGCUGCUGCUUCGGGAGCUGAUUGACACCGGAUUGGAUCUUUGAGAGUGGAUUAAACGUUGUUUUGUUUGCUAUUACGUUGUUUCGAUUUUGCUGCUAAUAUUUACGCUAACAAGCGAUUAUGCUUUGAAUGAACUAAAAGACCAAAUAUAAAUUUAGUCGUAUAUCGAUCGGUACAGAUUGUUUAAUGAAAUACACGCGUU